AUGAGCUUCCUUCCUGGGACAGCAAGUCUCAUCAAAGAAAUAGAUAGUACGAUAUUCGUGUUUUUUUUUAUUUCCCCUCUUUUAUGCUAGGCUGUUUUUAUUCAAUCUGUUGUACUUAAUUUUUGUCUCCAUGUUCUCAAUUCUUCACAAUAUCAACAAAUUUAUUGCUUGUACUUUCAUACACUAAAAGUUUGCACUAUUAAUUUUUAUCAGAAUUUCAGUUUACUAUUCCCAAAAUUUUUCCAAGCUUACGUUUUUCGUUUACACAUGUGGAAUUUCCUAAGAUUCUCUGGCAUGUACUAAAGGGACAAACACAAACUUCUCUCUUUAAACUAACACUGCAACUUUUGAACAGAAAGACUUUUGGUUGUGCUGAGGGAUGGAAGAACACUCAUUGGAUAUUUGAGGUCCAUAGAUCAAUUUGGUGAGUGUACUGGCAACAGUGAAAUUUAUAUUGUUAUCAUACUUAUUUCCUUUAAGCAGAAAUACCUUUGAUGUUUGCAUAUGGAGUGUUUUAAAAAUGGUAUAAACAAUAGUACUUCUUCAGGCUAGGCUGUGGUUGUAAUCAGGGUGUGAUAGCUGUUAUAGUAUACAGUUGUGUUGAUAUUUUUUUGUGUAAUAACUUUUGGUAUAAAGAAAGCUCUUUUACAUGGUAGAUUCCCAUGUUAUUGUACCAGUGCUACUAGGAGAAGGUAUUGAGGUAUAGGAAGAUAUUAACAUGUGAAUCUAUCACUGAAAUGGCAAUUCUUCCACAGAGGGAAGGGAUAAUGAUAAUUUUUGUGUUAGAUUUUAAUAAUCCAAUGAAACAGUGAUGUAAGAGAUAAGUUAGGAAAUCUAAAGCACGAGAUGUUUUAAUGUGGAAGCCUUAGCUCUCAUUUCUAAAAUAAUGUUUUAAAUUUGUGAUCAGUGUGAUUUUGUCACAAUUGAAGUCACCGGAAAGCAGGUUCUAAUGUGUCUUAUACAAUGAUAAUUUUACAGCCAACCUUUUACUUCAAGACACCAUUGAAAGAAUUCAUGUUGGAGGAAAGUAUGGGGAUAUUCCUAGAGGCAUAUUUCUUGUAAGAGGAGAAAACAUGGUUCUAGCUGGAGAAAUAGUGAGUCACUUCAAGUGAAGAGUGAAGUUAAUUUACAAGUUGUUAACAAAAAACAUAAUUGGAUCAGAGAAGAGGGGUAACCAGUACAAAUUUACUAAUAUUUGCUGUUAUAGUCUUACAGAUUUCAGGUAUUUAAAAUAGGAACUUAACUUAGGUGUCUCCUCUUCAAAAUGCAUAGGGAAAAUCUUGAUUUACUGGUUGAGGGAAGAAAUAAAUUUGUUUGCUUUUUUCUGCUCAAUGCGUUUUUUUCUUGCUAUGUUUUGUAGCUGAAGUUGAUUAACAACUCUUCAAGAAUGUAGAUGUGAUAUUUCCUCUCAUUUACUCCAACAAAUGUACCCAGCUAGCUUCUCACAUCUUUAUUACAAAGUACAAAAAAACAAAUUUGGCAAUCAACACAGAAUUCCUGCAAUAAAAAACUGUAUUUAUUGAAAUUAUAUUCCUACCUAACUGGCUGUCUAAUUUUAGUAUUAACCUCUUUAAACAAACGCCAUUUACUGUUUGAUGUUUGUCCAAAAUAUUUUGUCAGAUGUUAUUUUUUCUGUCAAAAUCUGAACAGUUUACUAAAUUUUAGUCCCCUUUGUAGCUGUUAUUUGACCUUGUCACCCAAGGCGCACUCUCCCUCACCAAGAGAGAGAAAAAGAGUGUGUUGCUUGACAAGAUCAAACAAUAGCUGCAAUAGAGACUAGCUGAAUGUGUGCUGUGCAUUUAUUUUUUGUUAUAAAAGGAUGAAGAAAAAGAAGCUCAGUCUGAACUGGAGGAAGUGUCGGUACCUGAUAUUCUUGAAUUACAAAGAGAUGAGCAACUGGCUAAAGAAGAGCAAGAAAGAGUGAAAACAAAAGCCAAACUGAAAAGAGGCCUGCCUGUCAAUGUAUCUGAUACAUACCUCAAUCAUGAUGAUGUUUUUAACUGAGUUUCUUUUGAAAAAUAACAAGACCAAGUAUGGAUAUCCUCUCUGAAUAUUGCUGAGCCAACAGUAUCAAACCAGGCAGUUGCUAAGCGAAAUGAUACAUUUUCAUCUUGAAAUCAUCAGUUGGUGGACAAGAAGGUUUAUCUGGCCUUACAGGCAUUUGUCAGAAUGGCUUUAUUUUCUCUGACUGAUUAGGAAAGGCUUGACAACAUUUAUUUAUCAUAGGUAAUAUAUUUGUGGAAAGCUACCUGUAUAACCAUGUUGCUAGCAAUAAAAAGUUGUAAGCAUAUCAAAAGGAUGUGGUGCAUAAAAUGCAAAAAUUUCACAAAUAAACUUGCUCCAUAAAUAUAAGCAGUAUUAAUUUUGAUAUUGAAUUGUAGCCAGAUGAAAGGAAGAUAAAAAUAACUUGGUUGUUUUUAGGAAACACACAUUCAACUCCU